AUGCCUUUGAGUCCCGCACUGUCCCGCGCCGAGAGCGCCCAGGCCGACGGCAGGAGCUAUGAGCAGCUGUGGCAGGACUGCCUCCAGAGGAGGAAGCUGUUCGAGGAUCCUGAUUUUCCCGCCUGCGACUCCUCGCUCUUCUACAGCCAGAGCGUGCCCAUCAACUUCGAAUGGAAGAGGCCCGGGGAUAUCUGCAAAAACCCCAAGUUUAUUGUCGGAGGGGCCGACAGAACGGACAUAUGUCAGGGGCAGCUGGGAGACUGCUGGUUGCUAGCGGCGAUCGCGUCUCUUACCCUGCACAAGGACAUGCUGGCGAGGGUGGUACCCCCGGACCAGAGCUUUGAUCGCGGCUAUGCUGGCAUCUUUCACUUCCAGUUUUGGCAGCAUAACCGCUGGCUGGACGUGGUUGUGGAUGAUCGGUUGCCGUGUGUGAGGAACCAGCUGGUGUACCUCCAUUCUGCUGAAAAUGAUGAAUUCUGGAGUGCACUACUGGAGAAGGCCUACGCCAAACUGAACGGCAGUUACGAGAGUCUGAAAGGGGGCAGCACUCUGGAGGCCCUGGAGGAUUUCAGCGGCGGGGUUGGCGAGACAUUUGAGACCAAGGCCGCGCCUUCUGACCUCUUUGACAUCCUGAAGAAGGCCCUGGACAGGGGCUCCAUGAUGGGCUGCUCCAUAGAUAUCACCAGCUCAGCUGAGUCCGAGGCUCAGACCUCUACUGGCCUGGUUAAAGGACAUGCCUACUCCAUUACGGGUCUGGAAGAGGUGAACUACAGAGGGAGAAAGGUCCGGCUGAUCCGUGUCAGAAACCCCUGGGGUCAAGUGGAGUGGAACGGCCCCUGGAGCGACAAAUCCAGAGAGUGGAGCUACAUUGACGCGGCAGACAAGACCAGACUGCAGCAAAACGGCACUGAAGAUGGAGAGUUCUGGAUGGAGUUCGAGGACUUCAAGGCGAACUACGACCGGGUGGAGAUCUGUAACCUGACUCCGGACUCGCUCACAGACAACACCAAGAAGAAGUGGGCCAGCAACAUGCUGGAGGGCAACUGGAUCCGCGGCUCCACCUCUGGGGGCUGCAGGAACUUCAUCGACACGUUCUGGAUGAACCCUCAGUUCAAGCUGCGUCUGGAGGACGCUGACGGAGACGGCCAGUGCAACGUCCUCGUGGCCCUCAUGCAGAAGAACCGGCGUAGGCUCCGCAAGGAAGGACUCGACCUGGAGACCAUCGGCUUCGCCAUCUACGAGGCCCCUAACAACGAGGACCACUUGGAGAAGGAGUACUUCCGCUUCAACCCGUCGAAGGCCCGCAGUCGCACCUACAUCAACCUGCGGGAGGUGUGCGAGCGCUUCUCACUGCCGCCAGGCAGCUACCUGCUGGUACCCACCACCUUCCAGCCCCACCGCGAGGCAGACUUCAUCUUGCGCAUCUUCUCCGAGAGCAAAGUGGGGGCAGUAGAGAUGGGGAGUAAGGUUGAAGCUGACUUGCCUGAUCCACCAGCGCCUACUCAACCAGAUAAUGAGACGCCUGAGGAAAAGGGUCUCCGAAAGCUGUUUGAGCAGGUGGCAGGCUCGGACCAGGCCAUCAGCGCCUACGAGCUGCAGGACGUCCUCAACGGAGUCCUGAGCAGAAGGAAAGAAAUCAAGUUUGACGGCGUGAGCCUCAACACCUGCCACAGCAUCAUCAACCUGAUGGAUGUGGAUAGCUCAGGCAUGAUAGAGUUUCAGGAGUUUAAAGUCUUAUGGGAAAAGCUGAAGAAAUGGAUGGUGCUGUUCCUCUCCUUCGAUACGGACCGUAGCGGACGCAUGUCCUCCUAUGAGCUCCGCCUCGCCCUGAAAGCAGCAGGGAUAAAGCUGAACAAUAAACUGCUUCAGAUGAUGGCACUGAGAUUUGGGGACGAGAAGAAUGAAAUCGACUUCGAUGACUACCUAACCUGCAUCGUGAGGCUGGAGAACAUGUUCCGAGUGUUCCAAGCCCUUGACGAAUAUAACAGAGGAGAAAUUACCUUGAACUUUCAACAAUUUCUCAUCUUGUCAAUGAAUGUCUGAAGAAGAUGGAAAACUACAAAAAACUGCAGAAGUAAUAAGCAGCCAUUAAAUGGUGGCCAUGCUGUGCUGUGGCCUCAAUGGUGCUAAAAUGCAACCACUGUAUCUCUGUACGAUGCCUUCGUUUCCCCAACACCCAGAGAUUUAUCUUAAACCAAGGCCACAGUAUAAUAUCAGUGAAGAAUGAAUUUACUAUGAUAUUUAGCUUAAGCCUGAUCUUAAGCGGUUCCCUAUAAACUUUACACUCUUUAGACUUUUAUUUGUGUUUUCAUUUGAUCUGCUCAAGGGCUGAUUUAAGUAUGUUUUUUUUUUAUAUGAUUAAUUUUUCCCCAAAUUUGAGUUGGCAUGUUGAGAAUAAAAUAUGUAGAUCACGUGUCUAUUUUCACAGAGUUGAUCAUCAUAAAGAUGAUAAUGUAGUUGUAGCUCAAGUUUAA